AAACGCGUGUAUAGGUGUAAUUAGCAUAACCUAACUGUCACUCAACCGCGUGAUUCUCAACGCGUCUUCUUCUCCCUCAUAUAUACCCACACACACACACACACACAACCGCCCAAACCCUAAUUCAAAACCACCACAACAAACAACCACCAUUUUAACCCCCAAAAAUGGCCAAUAACUCACCAACUGAUCACACAACCGACUACGAGAAAGUCUUCAACAAGUUCGACGCUAACGGCGACGGCAAAAUCUCCAUAACCGAACUCGGCUCCAUCCUCGCCGCACUCGGCGGCGGCUCAGUCACGCCGGAGAACGAGCUCAAAGUCGUAAUGGCGGAGAUCGAUACGGAUAACGACGGUUUUAUCGAUCUUCAGGAGUUUAUUGCGUUUCAGAACCGCGGAUGUAACGGUUCCGAUUGUGAUAAUAAGGAGUUACGUGAAGCGUUUGAUCUGUACGAUCAGGAUAAGAACGGUAAGAUCUCGGCUAAUGAGUUGUUCUCCGUGUUGAAGAGUUUAGGUGAGAAGUGUUCGUUGAAGGAUUGUAGGAAGAUGAUUAAAUCGGUUGAUGUUGACGGUGACGGUUGCGUUAAUUUUGAAGAAUUUAAGAAGAUGAUGAGCAAAUAAGUGUUCUGUGCAUAAACUGUUAUCGUUCUCAUCGUUCUCGUUGUUAAUCAGGUAGAUUCUUCUAGUUUUUCGUCAGAUUUAGACGUAUAACUGCAGGAAUUGAUGCUGCUUAUAGUCUAAUUUGUGAAUCGAAGCUUUUACGGUGUAAAUUGUUCCACGAACGUGUUGAAAUCAUGAUAGAUCUAACAUUCUAUGUGCAUCUUCUUACUGGAUUGAAUAAUUGAUGAAUUGUUAAUAGAUAAUUUGGCAACAUCAUUGAGUGAUUUAAGUUUCAAGUUGUUUUUCCGGUGAAUUUGUUGCUGAAUUUCAACUUUUCAUCGUGUAAAUCGUUCUAUGAACAACUUUUUAUCGUGUUUCUGAAUUGAUGAA